GUCACAAGUUCUAUUUUCACUAGAAACUUCUAGUUUGAAAGAAAAAAAUCUUUAUUUUUAUAUAUCGAUGAAUGAGUAACAUUUCAUCAAAUUAAUAACUCUUUGAUGGAGCAAAUAGAGAUAUAUUUGAUCUCUCUAAUUAUUACCACCAUCUUGUUUAUUUUUCUCUUAAAUUUGAUCUUCAAGAGAAAUCUUAAUCAAAAUCUACCGCCAAGCCCUCCUUCACUUCCAAUCCUCGGUCAUCUCCACCUCCUAAAGAAACCCUUACACCGAACCUUGCAUCACCUUUCCCAAACCUACGGUCCGGUCUAUCUUCUCCGGUUCGGAUCCAGACUGGCUCUUGUUGUUUCGAGCCCUUCUCUAGCCGAGGAAUGCUUCAUCAAGAACGACGUCGUUUUUGCCAACAGGCCUCGUCUCAUGUCGGGAAAACACCUCAGCUACAAUUAUAACACCGUCGGCGCCUCCUCCUACGGUCAUCUAUGGAGGAAUCUCCGCCGCGUCGCCACCGUGGAGCUGUUGUCGGCCACCAAACUCAACAUGUUUUUGGAUAUUCGACAGGAUGAAGUUAAAUCGAUGGUUAAGAAUCUGUUCAUGGAAUCCAAAUCCAAACAGGGAUUUACCAGGGUGGAGAUGCAAUCUAGAUGUUCGGAGCUGUCGUUCAACAUUAUCAUGAGAAUGGUUGCCGGAAACAGGUAUUUUGGGCAUAAGAGCAAUGCUAUUGAAGAGGCAGAGAGGUUUAGAACGAUAAUAAGAGAGAUAUUUGAGUUGGCGGGAGCAUCUCCAGAAGAUUUCAUACCAAUACUCAGAUGGAUUGACUAUAAAAACAUAGAGAAAAGAAUGUUGGCAGUGAGAGAUAAGGUGGAUGUUUUCAUGCAAAGAUUAAUAGAAGAACAUCGUCAUCAUGGCGGUGAUGAAAUUAGGUCAAAAACAAUGGUGGACGGGAUGUUAUCUUUGCAAGACAUAGAUCCUCAAUACAACUCCGAUGAAAUCAUCAAAGGCAUGAUUAUGACAAUGUUAAGUGCCGGGACAGACACUUCUUCCGUGACAAUAGAGUGGGCAAUGUCACUAAUAUUAAACAACCCGGAAGUUCUAAAGAAGGCCGCUUCAGAAAUAAAUGAUUGUGUAGGCCAAGAUCGCCUCGUGAACGAAACCGAUCUCUCCAAGCUCCCAUACAUUCAAUCCAUUGCCAAUGAAACCCUUCGAUUGUUCCCCGCAGCACCUUUGCUCCUGCCACACGAGAACUCCGAGGCAUGCACUAUUGGAGGGUAUGAUGUUCCACGAGGAACCAUAUUGUUUGUAAAUGCAUGGGCUAUCCAUAGGGAUUCUAGCAUUUGGGAGGAACCUACAAAGUUCAAGCCGGAGAGAUUUUCUCAUGGUGGGGAAGAAUGUGAAGGAUUUAAAUGGAUUCCCUAUGGAAUGGGGAGAAGGAAAUGUCCGGGUGGUGGAUUAGCGAAUAAAGUGGUGUGUUUAGCUUUAGCCGCAUUGGUACAAUGCUUUGAGUGGGAAAGGGUUAGCGUGGAGCUAGUGGAUAUGUUAGAAGGGUCGGGUCUUACGAUGCCUAAAGCGGUGCCAUUAGAGGCAAUGUGCAAAGCUCGGGAAGAAAUGGUUGAUGUGCUUAAACAAUUAUAAAGUAUGUAAGAUUAAAAGUUGUAAUGGAUUCUCAAUGAAGGUAGACAUGAAUUUGUAGGUUA